AUGGCGGCGGCGAAGGCGCGAGGCGACGCGGCGACGGCGUUCAACGCGGCGAUCUCGGCGUAUAAUCGCAUGGGAAUGUCGGAAUCGUGCGUGGCGUUGAUGGAAAUGAUGCGCGAUGCGCUCGACGUGGCGCCGGACGUGGUGACGUACGCGCUGUGCGCGAGCGCGUUGACGAGGGAGGGGAGACUUCGCGACGCGGAGGCGACGCUCGAGCGCGCCUCGGAAGCGUUGCGAAGAGGAACGCGGCCAAAUAGGAAACAGAAGAAACGCGCGAAGAAUGAUGAUGAAUGGUCGAUGGUCGUGUUGAGAGAUAGCGACGGGAUCGCGGCCGUUGUUAAGCCGGCGGGCGUGCUGACGCAUCCCGUCGAAGGCGGCGGGAGUGAGCUCACGCUCAUGGACGCCGCGCUCUCGCGCUUUGACGGACAGCUGAGCGAUUUAAACGGCUUGGAUAAGCGCGGAAUUGUGAGUAGAUUAGACAAACCGACGUCUGGGGUGGUGUUGCUGGCGAAAAAUAACGCCUCUCACGCCGAACUCUUGACGCAAUUCUAUCAGCGGUGUGUGGUGAAACAGUACUGUGCUUUGCUCGACGGGACGCUCCCCGCCUCCGGCUCGGAGAGCACCCCGCUCGACGGAAGAUCGGCGACGAGUGAGUACGAAGUGAUGGAAACGUUCAUCGGACCGUCGUGGUCAUAUUCUCUCGUGCGCGUCGAGCCCAAGAGCGGUCGAAAACAUCAGAUACGGCGGCACAUGGCUUUGCUCGGUGCGCCGCUCGUCGGCGAUCCGCUGUACAGGACUGCUCGCACGAAGCAGAUCAAUCCGAACCCGCCCGAGUGUGUGUUGAAGGCGCUGUCGGUGGGAAAACCCGGAACGAUAUUCUGGCUUCACGCCAGUGCCGUAGAAUAUAGCGGUAUGCCAAACGGAGAGCGAAUUGUCGUCUCCGCACCGUUGCCGAGCGCGUUUGAGACGCUCCUGGCGAGUCUUCGCGCUGGCGCGCGAGACGAGUAG